CUCUCACAGGUCUGGUCGCUGACCACACAUACAGAACACAGCUACAGCUGUGUUGGUAUAUUAAUCAACUAGGGACAGACUAAUUAAUGAAGCAAUCACUCUAUGUCACCGACAAAUAAUAACUAUUUUAGAAACGUUAUGAAAAAAUACCUUCAGCGUUCUGCAAGAGAAACAGAACAAGCUGGGACGCUUAAGUUCAUAUCAGAUCCUAUUAAACGCACAUAGACUUGGGCAGAACAAUUUUAGUUCUUCAAAGUGAAAUAUUGGAUCACUGAAGAUGCACAAUCAAUUCAUAGUCAGUGCUAAUGCUCUUUCUUUCUCCCCAUCUAUGUGUGUGUGUAUACACACACACACACACACACGCGUUUGUUUUUCUUGUUUGCAUCACCAAGCCUAUAUAUGUAUGCAUACAUACAUAUACACACGCGCGAGUUAUUUCGAAUAAUUGAAUCUGAGACGUGAUAACUCCAAAACUCAAAAUAAAAUUCUAAAAUGAUGGGAAAACAUAUGUUUAGCGCUGAGGUAGGUUCGAUUUCUGCAAAGCAAGCGCGCAAGUUUUUUCGUCAGCCAGUUUCAAUAAACAAGACAUCAGAAAUUGCACGACACUACCACAUAAGAACGCAGUUUCCGAAUGAACGAAAAAUUAUUUUGGACUUGCUAACCGCUUUCAUUUGAUAUUUAGUUUUAUUUCUGAAUGAAGCACAUGGGCAAUAAUAUUUGAAUUACUAUAAUGGCUUGUCAGUUGCAAGAUAAUUCCAUUUUUUGUGGAACUACUUCAAACCAAACACGUACCAUAUCUAAUUCGUAAAGAAAUUUUUUAAAAGAAAAGAAAACAGACUGAAAGUGAAAUAACCCCCGGAGAUGCUUUUCUCCGUGUAGAAACUGCAGGAGCUACUCAGAGGUUUUGCAAGUUCAAAAUCAAUAGCAAUGUUAGAAACCCUUCCGUAUCAUCAGCAGAUAUCUCAAGGUCACAAGCGUUUCGCCCCUUAGCCUAUAUGCUUCGAGGACUGAAUUGGUCUUCGCCUGUGAAAGGGUUCCACUUGCGGUCACGUAUCAACUAUAGCCACGUUGAUUCAGCUGCCAUGCCUUGGUAGCGUUCUUCAAUCGAUUGGGUUUCAGACUAAUCUUCUGCAGGAAACAGCGCAUCGAUCUUGCUGGAAAGCUGCAGCAGUCGACUUCAAUAGGGAAUGAAGCCGUGUGCCAUCACUUGACAAGGCUCUCGUUGAUCAAGUUGUAAAAUGCUGAUCAACCAAAGAGGCGCGUUAAAUUAAUUCUUUUGUAGAACGUGUCGUUUAAAAGUCGUCUGUUUGCAGUGUUUUUUUGUUUUUCACGGUGGAACAUCAAACGAUUCGAACCAUUUAAUCAAACAUCUCAUUUUCAUUGAAACCACACAGAAACACCUUUUUAACCAAAUCGUCUCACCAUGAACGGGGUGUGCACUCAGAGUAAAGAAAGUUUACCUGUUAUUGAGGAAGUCUCUCAACUGAAUGAACCAAAAGUAGAUGAAAUUGAAGAAUUGAAAGAAAUGCUUAAACUGAGUCAAGCUGAAACUGGAAGAGUUCUUGAACAAUUAAAUAACCUAAUUCUCCUUAUAAAAUUGUCUUGGAAUGGCGAUGUUGAAGCCACUACUCAUAUUUCAAAGAUUAUUGGAAGAGAAAAUACACUUAAUGGAAGAUGGCCAGAUCAAAAAUCAUUGCAAGUACUAAAGAACUGGGAAACAAUCACACAAUUGCUGUUACAUAAAAAUGAAAAGGAAGAUGGAAAGAAAAUCAAAACAAAGCAACUUGAACAUUUGCAACAGAGAUAUGACUUCUUUCAGAACACAAUGUUGGAUCAUCAGCAGCUAAUAAGGCAAUUUGGCUGUUGUAAACCUUUGAAAUCAGUAUCAAGGAAAAGUUCUUGUAAUCAACAACAAUCCAAGGAUUUGAAACAAAACAGAAUGAAUGAAGUAGAUUCAAAACCAUUAACUACAGACAUUAACAAUCUAGUUUUGGAAAAUCUCUCAAUACAGCCUGCACCUUCCAUUAAAGAAGUACCUGUUACCAACUGUAAAAAUUUGACAAAUAUCUACCGUAUAAAGCUGAGACGUCCUGUCAGUGCAGUUGUUCCAAGGAAACAAUUUAUAAAGAAUACCAACAGACCAAAGAGUGCAGUUUUCCUUGGACAUAAACAAAAGGAAAAGCAUGAAAACAACAACCCUUAUAUCAACAAAAAGUUCCAAAAUAGUAAUUCUAUCAUGGUACCAAGAACAUCACCAGUGGAGAGACAAGUUGAGCAGAAGCAGAGUUUUAGUGUCAAGGAGCCAAACCAAAGAACGUCUAUUGCAAUUAACCCAUACACUAUAGUGUUUCAUGCAGAAUCUUUUAUCAGUGCAAGGAAACCUUUUCUAAAUGGACAUUUGAUGGGAAAACAAACACAUGAAAUAUUGGAACAAUUGGAAAAUAGUCAAGUCUCAUAGUUGUUUCAUGCACUGAAAAUAUUUGAUAUUAGUGGUUUCAUUGUUAAGAAGCACUUUAUAUUUAUUAAUUUUUGGAUUCAUAUAUAUAUAUAUAUAUCUUCGAAACGCCGGUGUUAAAACGGAGGUAGCUGAUGAAGUAGAAUGUUCUCUAUGUGGAUUGUGUGUUUUCUCGUCUCUGUUUUGUUUGCAAUGUCCUGUACCCAGAUAUGCACCUAUACAUACAGGUGGAUGUCGGUAUGCACAUACCUGUACGUAUAUAUGCAUAUACUCAUUUACUAUUUGUUUAUAUAUAUAUAUAUAUAUCAGUGGCGUGCAGUCUCAGACAUGCAAGCUAUGCGCUGCAUGGCUUGUUAUAUAAUCGGAAAAUUAGAUAAAAUAGUUACUUUCUUGCAAAAAAUAAUCCGUCCAGUUUUCGAAAUAUUCUGUCUCCCCUUCCCCUCUCUCAGUGACUAGUAAAAGCUUUGAGAAUCCAGCAUAUAGACACUCCCUAACUCCCUAUCUAUGUUAGUUUGUCCUUCCUUCCUUCUCCUCUCUCUCUCUCUCUUAGUGACCUGUCAAAAAAUAUGCUAGGACCGAUCUCCCCUUCCCCUCUCUCAGUGACUAGAAAAAGCUUUGAGAAGGGUAUGCAAUGAGAAUCUAGCAUAUAGACACUCUCUAACUCCCUAUCUAUGUUAGUUUGUCCUUCCUUCCUUCCCCCCCCUCUCUCUCUCUCUCUCUCUCUCUCUCAGUGACCUGUCAAAAGAUAUGCUAAGACCGAUAGCAUAUAUAUUUUGUACCCCUUCCUCUCUCUGUCAGUGAUUCCACAAAUUUAUCGUAGGAAGUAAUGCUUUCUGAUAAUAGCAUGGCCCCCACCUCUCUAUCUCUUUGUUAGCUGGUUCUGACCGGAACUAGAGCAGUUCUCAAGAACUGCUAUAAUUAGCCAUAAUUCUUGGAACAGCCUGGUGGUAAGUUUGAAUCUUUUAUCCAAGACAUCUGUUUGCACUAUUAUAUUUUUGGAGUGUUCUGAAAACAAAAAUAUUUAAUUUGACUAACGUCAUUUUUCCGUUUUUUUAAUUUUUUUAUUUACUUACAAUAUACACAGAUGCUUACACGUGUGUUACUUUUUUCCAAAUGAGUGAAAUGUGUGUUAUAAACGAUAUUUUGAGAAAUAGUUUUUCAAAAAGAGACUUCGAUGGAAAACAAUUAAUUAUAAACGGUG